CGCCUACACAGAUUAAGUAAAGGCACGUUUACACUUUCUCAUAGUAAACUCAAUAUAGGUACCUAUUUACUAUUUUCUCAGAUUUUAUACACAAAUCAAUUCUGAUGUAAAUGUAAUACAUAAAUUAAUGGACUCAGUUUCCUACUGUUAUUAUGGUAGCACAAUAAUCAAAAUCAGUGGGCACUAGAUUUUGCGUUGGCACCCAAUAAUUUUCUUUGUUCUUAAUUAAUAAUUUAAUUAUUAAUCCAAUAAAUAAUUAUUUUUGCAUUAAAUAAAUACAUUCAAAUAGUGUAGGAUGUAGCUUACAGUGGGUUUGUGGGAAGUAGAUUAUGAUUUUUCAUUUUUAACACACAACUAUCUGUUGGGAUUUUAUCUUAUUUUAUAUUAAAUAAACGCAGAAUUUUGAUUAAUUUAUUUCCACAAUCCACCACAAACAAAGAACACAUGGGUAGUACAAGUACAGCCAAACUUCAAACUAACAGCUGAUAAAAUUCAAAAAUUGACACAUUUCAACUUAACCUCAAAUUCUUAUUUAAACAAAUAUCUAGCUUAUACCAUAGAAAAGUUAUCGAACACUUCCAAUACAGUUAUGCCGCGCCAUCUAUCAAAUAAUUCUAUAAAACAUGAAAAUAGUAAACAAUUCCAAAUACAAAAACAAAUUAUUAAUUUAAAUCUUAUUCUUAACACUAUCAAGAAAAAAUGAUGCGUCUUUUCAAAAGACGAGAUUCAGACGCCAACCCUCAUCUAGAAAGCGUUUCGACCCUUCAAAAUGAAGAAAACUCGAUCGAAUUCGGUUCUAGAUUACCCAAAUCUACUCAUCAAAAGCCAUAUUUGUCUACUUGGGGUAAAGCUUGGGACAAAACCACCAGAAAAGAUUCAUUCGAACAUCUCCCAUACAAAAAACCCGUUCAUCCAGAGAAAAACGUCAGCAAUACGGACAACGUUGUCCGCAACAGAACAACCACAAGAUCCAAAAGAAACCUAAAAUGUGUUUCUGACAAUAUCGAACUCAAUCAGCAACAAUUUCUAGACUAUUUGAUGCCAAUGAAGCCCAACAAUGACGAACUGGACAAGAUUUUUGAUGACCAGCCUAAAAAGAAAACCCGCAAGUCAAAAUUGAAAUCUAUAUUCACAAUGAGUUCUAAAAGUGAUGAAUCAGAAACCCCUUUCAAAAGAAUGAAGAAAUCAUCAUCAACUGAUAGUUUGACCAGCUUGUUGAACUAUAGGUAUGGCAGUGACUCUACCAAAACCACAGCUCUAAAUUCACCGAUUGGUUCUAUAAAGUCGCAGACGAGCCAAGAAGUUGAUACUGAUGCAGAAAUGGACAAAACUCUAGUGGACAAGUAUAGAGAUGUGGAUACUGGUGACGAAGAAAUAAUGGAUACUGCUGAGACUAAAUACACUUUUAGCAAAUUCUAUGCAAGAAGCCCCAUCAAGUCUGCAACGAAAAAACGUGCCAGAUCCAAAUCCAGAGACGAUUUAACCAAAAACGAAACCAAAAGACGAACAAUCAAAUUUUCUCCUGAAAAAGAUUUGAACGAUUUAAACAAGAAUGUUGAAAAUUUGAAAAUAACCGAACCGAAGCCGCCAACUGUUUUGGAAAAAGAAUUCAAAUGUGUAAGAUUGAAAUUGAAAAAACCUGAAAUGGCUGGCAUCAAAAUAUCUCCUAGUGACAAUGGACAAUCUUAUUUCUUAAGUGAAAUUCUACCCAAUUCAGUAGCGAGCAAAAACGAAAAUCUAAAAAUCGGAGACGAAGUCAUCAAAGCCAAUGGAAUUCGCAUUAAAGGCUUGCCUUAUCAAACAGCCAAAAAACAUUUUUUACCCAAAAACAAUGAACUAGAACUAGUGGUUUCUAGAAUUCCAAAACCUACUAAAAAACGUACAAACUCGUUUAAGGCCUUCUUUUUGAGCCCCAAAAAAGACUCAGUUAAAUCUCCACCAAACAGCAACUCAAUCCUCAAUAAAAGUCCUAGCAAAUUGUCAUUGAGCACUUCUAAAUCGUCAACGAUUUGUCCGCCUAAAACCCUACAAACUUUUAGCCCCUCUAAAUCCCAAACUCCUCAAAAAUCUUAUGUAGGCCUUAACGAUAUACUGUCAAUGGAGAGUAGAGUUACUUUCAGCGAAAAACCACUUCAAAAACCUAAAAUUUUCAAAAGCCCUUCGCCUCUCAAAAAACCUCCUUUUUCACCAAAAGAAAGUUCAGUUUCAAGAACCCCUUCACCAGGAAACUCACCGUCGUCUUUAUAUGGAAUGAGGAAAUUUUCAUUGUCAAACUCAACAAGGCCACAAAUUUCCAAAUGCCUGCCCAUUUCUAAUUCUAAUAAAACUCCAAACAAAACUGUAACUUUCAUCAAAGGCCCUGGCAAGAAAAGCCUAGGCUUUUCAAUUGUAGGAGGCCGCGAUUCGCCCAGAGGCCCUAUGGGAAUUUAUGUCAAGACGAUUUUCAAAGAUGGACAAGCCAGUGAGAAGAAAAUAUUACAAGCAGGUGAUGAGUUGCUGUCAAUUAAUGGUACAUCGUUUAAAGGCAGGUCUCAUUCGGAAGCUGUAACUUUAUUCAAAACUAUAAAAUGUGGCCAAGUGAUUGUUGAAGUAGCCAAUAGACAAGGGAAUAGAACUUAUUCACAAUCAAUGUGAACUAUUUUUCUUAUUAUUAUUAAUUUUUAAUACCAACAAAACAUACAUUCUUUGUUACAAAUUCCAAAAUAACAUUGUGAUAUUGAAUUGCUUUAAAAAUAAUUUAAAGGGUAGUAUUUAGAUUGAUUUAGGGUUUUGGGUUAGUUUGUACCAGGGGCGCAGCCAGGGGGCCAGGGCCUCCCCACAACUUUCCAGAGAAAAAUAAUGAAGUGGAAAAAAGCUGUAAACUGCUUAUGUCAUGAAAAGCUAAAAAAAUUUAGUGGAUCUGUGUAUAUUCCUAUAAUUUUUUCCCUCGGACAAAAUGUCUGGCUGCACCACUGGUUUGUAGCGUUAUAUUUUUUGUACCAAUUUUGGUAGGUUUGUGAAAGAAACAAACUUCACCUAUGUAAAUAAUUAAAACAAAAAUGUUAAUUAUACUAACAAGAUAAUUGAAAUAAAACACAAAAAAUUCCUUAACAAAACUCAUUUAAUUAUUGCUUUUUGCUUCCCAAAAUUAUACCAUACCAUCGUAUUUCUGUUGGAACCACUUCAUGGCAUCUUCUUUCAUCAGCCUGUGAGAAAAGCCAACUUUUCCUUGCUUCCUCCUGCCUAAUACAACGUAAAAGUCCAAACCAUAGAUUCCUAUGCUGGGGUCGUACUUGAUGCCCAAUUUUGUUAUGUGGGAGGGUGUUUUUUUAUUCCUAUAUCGUCACCCCACCUACAGCCUUUACCUUUACGGUAGAAGAAAGGUGUAAAUACAAAAGUUGUACAGUUGCGGAACUUCUG